AAUUUUUUUCUUUUUGGUGAACGAUCUUCUUACAUUCUUAAUGUUCAAAACCCUUUUUUCAAGACCAAAGACCAGUCGAUCUAUUUGGACCAGCGUUACAUGCAGUGGAUCCAGCAUAGAGGAAUGUGUACAGGCCUCUGUCGGUUCCUUAACAACUAAAGCACCUGACGUUUGCGUAGUUUUGGUGUCAAAGUCUUUUUCGCUCUCUCAUUACCGUCAAUUGACACAAUCAUUGACAAGCACUUUAAAACCUACUGUCUUGUUGGGUGGUGUUGUGGAUCGCGUACCUCAGGCUGACCAUGGUAUAUCGCUUUGGUUAGGUUAUGAUGAAAAGAUUGUACCUUUCACUAUCAAAGACAGUAAGGACCGACUCAAGAUUCGUAGCACAUCAGUAGGAAGGUGGGGUCGUGUAGAUGAUACCGAAAGAUUAAAGUUUCAGAGUGAUUUGAUUGAUAAAAAAGGUUGGAAGGAUUUUGGCUCAGUGAGCACGCCUGCCCAGGCCUUCGAAUUACCUCCCGGCUUGGAUAAAAAGCCUUCCUUUGUUUUUACUGUCUCUGAUAAUGAACCUGAUCAGUUGCUUCAAUCGUUGGACCAUCAUUACCCUGAUGUUCCCAAAGUGGGCAUCAUUGGUGCUUCAACUCCUUUUGUUACAGGUGAGCCAUACACAUUGUUUGAGGGUACCGAAAUUAUGGGAGCGGGCAUUGUUGGAUUUGCUGCUUACGGUCAGACCGGAAAGGUCACCGUCAGCCAUGAUGCUAUGGAGAAUUUGGGCAAGCCAGUAAAGAUUACACGUUGCAGAGGCAAUAUCAUUUUGGAUUUAGACGAAGGCGGCGCAACCGGUUUGUUAUUGAAAUUGAUUCAAGGAGGUCCCAAAUUAUCAAAAGACGAAGAGUUUUACUUGGGCGUUUAUCCUCUGAAUGAAGAUGAGACUGCCCACGAUAACGUCACAAUCAGCCGUAUCACAAGUGGUGAUCCUGGUAAAGGCAAUAUGUCUGUUGAUACCACUGCCGAUCUUCAAAUUGGCCAAACAGUUCAGUUUAUGAAAAAGAAAUGCCUGAAAUUUAAAAAUGUAUCUAGCGAUCCUUUUGAAACGAAUGAGAUUGUUUUCGGUGUAAGCAGUAAAGAUUACACCAUUGAUGCAGCGCCUGUCAAAAUCCCUAAAGAGGCGUUAGUCAUUCCUGGUGUCUUUGGAGGUGUGAGUGAAAACGGUGUGAUUGUGGGCCGUAGUGAGAUUGCUAGUGAAUUAUUAGAUGUCCCCUUUUCAAAAGUGACCUUCAAGUUAAAAGAAUAAAAAGAAUAUGUUUAUUAUAA